GCAGGCUGAGGGCUUCUGGUCUGUUCGGUACUUGAACUGCCAGCAAAUUUCAACUCCCGCUUGCCAUUCAACAUCAUGGAUGAUCCGAAGAGUGAACAGCAGCGCAUACUGCGCCGCCACCAACGCGAGUGGCAGGAGCUGCAGACCCAGAUCCGGAGCUUAAAAAACUCGGUCCCCAAGACCGACAAGACGAAAAGAAAGCAGUUGCUCCAAGACGUGGCCCGCAUGGAGGCCGAGAUGGCUCAGAAGCACCGGCAGGAGCUGGAGAAGUUCCAAGACGACAAUAGCAUUGAAUCUGUCGUCGAAGACCUGGCCAAGAUGAAUCUGGAAAACCAGCCUCCCCGCCCCUCCAAAGCCCACAGAAAGAGAGGAAGAAUGGAGUCCGAGGAGAGGGAGCGCCAGGAGAGCAUCUUCCAGGCUGAGAUGUCGGAGCACCUGGCCGGCUUCAAGCGCAAGGAGGAGGAGAAGCUCGCCGCCAUCCUGGGAGCCAGGGGUCUGGAGAUGAAAGCGAUCCCGGCCGACGGCCACUGCAUGUACCGCGCCAUCCAAGACCAGCUGGUGUUCAGCGUGUCUGUGGAGACGCUGCGCUGCCGCACCGCCAGCUACAUGAAGAAGCACGUCGACGAGUUCCUGCCCUUCUUCAGCAACCCCGAGACCAGCGACUCCUUCGGCUACGACGACUUCAUGAUCUACUGCGACAACAUCGAGCGCACCGCGGCAUGGGGAGGCCAGCUGGAGCUGAGGGCCCUGUCGCACGUCCUGAAGACCCCCAUCGAGGUGAUCCAGGCCGACUCGCCCACCUUGGUCAUCGGGGAGGAGUACGUCAAGAAGCCGAUCAUCCUGGUCUACCUGCACUAUGCCUACAGCCUCGGCGAGCACUACAACUCCGUGACACCGCUCGAGGCCGGCGCCGCCGGGGGCGUGCUCCCGCGUCUCCUGUAGGCCCCAAGGCGCCGAGCAGCCCCGGGGAACUGUCGCCGUCGCCGCAUCUCCUCAGUAGGCUCACUUUAUUUUCCCCUUUUGCUUUUCUCUGGUUUUUUUUUUUUCCUUCCUUUUAAUCAAAACUACCCGCCCCCGCCCCGCCCCCGCUUUCCUAACCUUGCUGCUUUCACAGGGUGGGAAACGAAAUUCGAGGGAAAUUCCCUGGAAAUAUGAGGGAAAUCUCUGCAUUGCACCACCAGAGGGGCAUACAUUUGAAAGUUCUAACCUCUUCUUGCCUUAAGGGUCUUUUACCUCCCUCACCAACUAAGAUUUGGUCAUGUUGCGUAUAACUUAACCACAAAAAUGGAAAUAUUGGCCGGGCGCGGUGGCUCACGCCUGUAAUCCCAGCACUUUGGGAGGCCGAGGCGGGCGGAUCACGAGGUUAGGAGUUCGAGACCAGCCUGGCCAACAUGGUGAAACCCCGCCUCUACAAAAAAUACAAAAAUUAGCCGGGCGUGGUGGCAGGCGCCUGUAGUCCCAGAUACUCGGGAGGCUAAGGCAGGAGAAUCGCUUGACGGGAAGCGGAGGUUGCAGUGAGCCGAGAUCGUGCCUUUGCACUCCAGCGUGGAAGACAGUGAGACUCCGUCUCAAAAAAAUGAAAAAUUAGCCGGGCAUGUUGGCGGGCGCCUGUAAUCCUAGCUACUUGGGGGGCUGAGGCAGGAGAAUCAAUUGAACCCGGGAGGCGGAGGCUGCAGUGGGCCGGGAUCUUACUACUGCACUCCAGCAUGGAAGACAGCGAGACUCCGUCUCCAAAAAAAGAAAAAGAAAAAAAAAUGUUAAGUUUCAUGUGCUCUGGGAAAAAUAAAUCUAGUAGACUAGCUCGGGGAGUCUUCAGGUUUUCCUAUGAAUGUCUUGGAUUACUUAGACAAAAUUGGAGUUUAUGUGAUCAAAAUGCCUUGUGAAGGCCUUUUGCUGAGUUUUGGGGGGAAAGAUUGUCAUGGUUUGCUUUUUACUUAAGCUAGGCUACUCAGGAGAUGUCUCAAGUUAUGAACAAGAUAUACGCUAGUAGUUUGUUUUGUUUUUUUUUUUUUCAUCAAAACUUGUGUGGUUCCUAAUUAAUUUUAGUUGCUCCCAUGUUUGCUAAUUCUAAAUAACAGCAUUUGUUAAAACAUGUAAGGUAAAUCUGUUAAAUAGAGAAAGUAAAUUUAGAUAAACUGAUAGGCUAGAUAAGGUUUACUCUAAGAUGUGAAAGAUCUGAACUUAAUUUCCUUUACUAAAGGUAGGAAGAGAUAGGACUUUAUUCAAAUAGUUGAUACGUUUCAUUAUCUUUACAACUGGUAUAAAGAAAAAAGAGACACAUUGAUAGGUAAUUUACUUACUCUAA